AUGGGAGCAAAGACCUUUGAAGGAGGCGACAACCAUGAGGAUGCAACCAACGCGCUUUCGACCAAAUCGAAUGCCGUUGGAGGUAAACCUCGUGGCGCCAACAUGCUGGAAGACGGGGACGGCGAAUUUGGCACCGACGAUGACGACGACGGUGAUGGACAGGAUUCAUCCUUGGCCGUGGUAAAUCCCGAGGAUGGUUCUAAGCCAAAGAAGAGAAAACGCAGCAAAAAGAAGAAGAGCAACAAGAAAAAGCCCGGUGACGGUGCUCAGCAGCAGACUUCGCCUCCUAGAGUUCCGCUUUCUCAGCUCUUUCCAGAUGGGAAGUAUCCGGUUGGACAGAUGGUGAAAGUUCCGGCUGUGAAUCUGCGUCGUACUACCGACGAGGAACUCCGCUAUCUGAGCCGUGGUACUAUCACCAAUGAUGAAGCUCUCAGCGAUUAUCGCAAGGCCGCUGAGGUUCAUCGCCAAGUCCGCCACUGGGUUCAUGAGACAGUCCACCCCGGACAGUCCCUUACCGAACUCGCCGUGGGCAUUGAGGAUGGCGUGCGCGCAUUGCUCGGUCAUCAGGGACUAGAGCCUGGAGACAGUCUGAAAGGCGGAAUGGGAUUUCCAACUGGUUUGGCGUUAAACAACUGCGCUGCACAUUACACGCCCAAUCCUGGCCAGAAGGAUAUCAUCUUGAAGAAAGAGGAUGUCAUGAAAGUCGAUUUUGGAGUGCAUGUGAAUGGUUGGAUUGUCGAUAGUGCCUUUACAGUGACUUUUGAUCCCGUCUACGAUAAUCUACUUGCGGCCGUCAAAGAUGCCACCAAUACUGGUUUGAAGUGUGCGGGUGUGGAUGCUCGAGUCGGCGAAAUCGGUGGCUACAUUCAAGAGGCCAUGGAGAGCUACGAGGUCGAGAUAAAUGGCAAAGUGCAUCCGGUCAAAGCGAUUCGCAACAUUACCGGACACGACAUUCUCCCUUAUAGAAUCCAUGGCGGUAAGCAGGUCCCUUUCAUCAAGAGCAAGGAUCAGACCAAGAUGGAAGAGGGCGAAGUAUUUGCGAUUGAGACUUUUGGUACGACUGGAAAAGGUUACAUGAUGGAUGGUCCCGGCGUGUAUGGCUAUAGUAAAGAUCCAGAUGCACGAAACAUGCACCUUCCUCUUGCUUCGGCACGAGCACUAUUGAAGACCAUCAAUCAGAAUUUUGGCACCAUUCCGUUCUGUCGCCGUUACCUUGAUCGUCUCGGGCUGGAAAAGUAUCUCCUAGGGAUGAAUAGCCUCAUAUCUCAUGGUAUCGUCCACAUGUAUCCGCCCUUGGUCGAUAUACCCGGCUCAUAUACUGCCCAAUUCGAACAUACAAUUCUGAUCAAGUCCUCCGGGAACGAGAUCAUUAGCCGUGGUGAUGACUACUAA